AUGAUUGACUCAUUCCAUACUAGAAAGAAUCGCAGGAAAUCUUUUGAUAACACGGAUUCCUAUUUCUCAAUCGUAUCCCACGAUCAAGACAAUUGGCUGAAUCCCGUGAAACCAUUUCAGAGAAGUUCAUUGAUAUCUUCUUUUUCUAAAGCAAAUCGACUUCGAUUCUUGAAUAAUCCACAUCACUUCUGCUUCUAUUGUAACAAAAGAUUCCCUUUUUAUGUGGAAAAGGCCCGUCUCAAUAAUUCUGAUUUUACGUAUGGACAAUUCCUCACUAUCUUGUUCAUUCACAACAAAAUAUUUUCUUCGUGUGGUGGUAAAAAAAAACAUGCUUUUUUGGAGAGAGAUACUAUUUCACCUUCGUCAAUCGAGUCACAGGUAUCUAACAUAUUCAUAUCUAACGAUUUUCCACAAAGUGGUGACGAAAGGUAUAACUUGUACAAAUCUUUCCAUUUUCCAAUUCGAUCCGAUCCAUUAGUUCGUAGAGCUAUUUACUCGAUUGCAGACAUUUCUGGAACACCUCUAAUAGAGGGACAAAGAGUAAAUUUGGAAAGAACGUAUUGUCAAACUCUUUCAGAUAUGAAUCUAUCCGAUUCAGAAGAGAAGAGCUUGCAUCAGUAUCUCAAUUUCAAUUCAAACGUGGGUUUGAUUCACACUCCAUGUUCUGAGAAAUAUUUACAGAGGAAAAAACGGAGUCUUUGCCUAAAAAAAUGCGUUGACAAAGGGCAGAUGGAUAGAACCUUUCAACGAGAUAGUGCUUUUUCAACUCUCUCAAAAUGGAAUCUAUUCCAAACAUAUAUGCCAUGGUUCUUUACUUCGACAGGGUACAAAUAUCUAAAUUUGAUAUUUUUAGAUAUUUUUUCAGACCUAUUGCGGAUACUAAGUAGCAGUCAAAAUUUGUAUCCAUUUUUCAUGAUAUUAUGUAUGGAUUAG